GCCAUUAUUGUAGUGACUGGCUAGUGGUGACCUGAUUAUUGUAAUUUUAUAUUUAUAAAAAAAGCAAUUAUUUAAUUGCAUAUUUUUCGAGUGUAUGGUUAAUUAAUCAAGAAAAAAUGUCAGCCCAUGAUCAAAUGCGAGCUAUGCUCGAUCAAUUAAUGGGAACGGGACGAAAUGGUGAAAACAACAAGUUUCAAGUGAAAUUUUGUGACCCGAAAGUAUGCAAGUCAUUUUUGUUAUCUUGUUGUCCCCAUGAAAUAUUAUCAGCUACACGCAUGGAUUUGGGAGAAUGUCCGAAAAUUCACGAUCUUGCAUUGAGGGCUGACUUCGAGAAUGCUCAGAAACACAAGGAUUACUUUUACGAUUUGGAGGCAAUGGAGCACUUGGAAGCAUUUAUAAGUGAUUGUGAUCGACGAACUGAAGCUGCUAAACAACGUCUAGCUGAAACACAAGAAGAAUUAUCUGCUGAGGUUGCAGUUAAAGCUAAUAGUGUUCAUGAAUUAGCCGAACAAAUUGGUCAAAAAUUAGCAAAAGCUGAACAAUUAGGUGAAGAAGGUUUUGUUGACGAAAGUAUGAAACUGAUGGAAGAAAUUGAUGAACUUCGUAAAAAGAAAUUAGAGGCUGAACAAGAAUAUAGAAAUUCAAUGCCCGCUAGCAGUUAUCAACAACAAAAACUUCGAGUGUGUGAAGUAUGUUCGGCUUAUCUUGGUAUUCAUGACAACGAUCGUCGAUUAGCUGAUCAUUUUGGUGGAAAAUUACAUCUUGGAUUUAUUAAAAUUCGUGAAAAAUUAGCAGAACUAGAGAAAACUGCUGAAAAGAGACGUGAAGAACGUCGACAGGCAAUGAGAGAUCGUGACAGAUAUGAUGAACGUGACCAUCGUUAUCGCAGAGAACGCAAUCAUUACGUAGGAGGUCGGGAGUUAGAUAGACGUUCUAGAAGACACAGAAGUAGAAGUCGAGAACGUAGACAUCUGAUAUCUCCAAGCAGAGGAAGUUCCCGCAGAUCACGCAGUGGUAGCCGUAGUCGUAGUCGACGAUCCCAUUCUAGACAUUCUGGAUCUAGUGAUAGACGAAGAGAACGUGACCGAGAUUAACAAUUUUUUAAGUAGUUUUUGAUACCUUAUACAAGUGGAACAAAUAUAUUAAAUAUGAAUUAUUUUUUUGUAUUAAUAAGACAGACGCAUCAA